UGCUACUGUACUCUGGGAGUCCUGGACAAUUUCCUGUCGGCGCAUGUUGUAAAUUGAGGCUCUUGCGAUAGGAACAGCGAUUGUAUAAGGACGCAAUUUGUUAUUGCGAUAGAGUUUGGUUUUAGAUUUUGCGCGGUUUAAACCUGCAGUACAUUAUUUAGUUUUCUAAAGUUCUAUUGGGAGCAGUUUUAGACUUCACAAUGUUUUGGGGACUGAUUAUGGAACCUGGCAAGCGCUACACUCAGACUGUCGAGAGAGCUUUCCAUGUCUCGAUGGCAUGCCUUGAACCAACCACAGCAGAUAAUGAUAAUGUUUCUGUGUUGUUGGCAUUUGAGAGCAGAGAGUUUAUAUUAUGCAGUUUGAACAAACACAAAGUUGUACAGACACAACUAGAUCUGAACUUUCAGAGUGGAGACAAGAUUGCAUUCAUGUCUUCAGGAAAGGGGCGAGUUCAUCUUACUGGUUAUUUGCUUGAAACAGAUGAUGAUGAUGAUGAUGAUGAAGAUGAGGACGAUGAAGAUGAUGAAAAUGAACUGACCAACAAUGAGGACAGCAUGAUAGAUUCAGAGUCUUCUGUGAAGAAAGUAUCCAGCAAUCUGCCUAAAGGAAGUGGCAAGAGAAAAAAUGAACCUCGGUUGUCCCAGCCUGAGAACAAGAAAGUAAAACUUGAACUAGAAAGUGAUGAAGAUAAAUUGUCAUCUGAUGAUGAUUUUAAUUUUGCUGGUGACUCUGACGAUAGUGAGAAUGAGGAUGAAGAGGAGGAUGAUGUUGAUAAUGAUUUUCUGGAUGAUGAUGAUGAAGAUGAGAGUGAAGAUGAUGUUGAGACCUCACCAAAACAGAAGACACCAGAAUCAAGAAAAAAAGAUAAGCAGUUAAUAAAGACACCGACUGAUAUCGUGCAAAAUAAGGUUGCAGUUGAAAAAGUGAAAACUCCAAAUGACAAAAAACAGAAAAAUGUAUCCCUUGUUGAGAAGCAGCAACAAAAGAACAAGACACCCAAUGAGAAACAGCAACAGAAAAAUAAGACGCCUAAUGAGAAACAACAGCAAAAAAACAAGACGCCCAAUGAGAAACAGCAACAGAAAAACAAGACGCCCAAUGAGAAACAGCAGCAGAGUGCUACUCCAAAAUCUUCCCCUGGAACCCAAGUAAAUGGAUUAUCACCCCAGCAACAAUCUGGGAAGAAGAAUAAGAAAGGACAGGAGACCCCAAAGGGAGCUAAAACACCUGGUGCAGAUACACCUCAGAAGAAGGUUCUUGAGGGAGGAGUAACUGUUGAUGAAGUCAGAGUAGGCAAUGGUCCUGUUGCUAAGCCAGGCAGAGAGGUGACAGUAUAUUAUAUUGGGCGUUUGAAACACAACAAUAAGCAGUUUGACUCCACUACUCAGGGGUCUGGUUUCAAGUUCCGGUUGGGCCGUGGUGAAGUGAUAAGAGGCUGGGACAUUGGUUUGAAUGGAAUGAAAGUUGGUGGAAAGAGGAAGAUUGUUUGUCCUGCUACUAUGGCUUAUGGUGUCAAGGGCUCACCCCCAGCCAUCCCACCAAACAGCACACUGGUCUUCGAUGUUGAACUCAGAGCAGUGAAUUGAGUAUCAUAAUGCAAGUGACUUAAUUAAAUCUGCAUAUUUGUGAAUGGAAGAGUGCAGUAUAAAACAUUGGUAUAUCCUCUUUAUGUAAAAUGAUAGGAUGGUACUGAAGGCUGAUAAAACUCUCAUGUGUACAGAACUACAACUUUAUUCAGUUUGUUUCAUACCCACUAACAUUUGACAUUAUUGAUGUACACUAACAAACUUGUAUGUUCUUAUGUUAUGUGCUAUGUAGAAGUUGAAACUAUUAAUAAAAGACAUUUUAUAUACAUGAUA